GAGGGACAUUCAUAGCCUUAAGAGUGUGGGUGAGACAUACACAGCGUUGUUGGACCUGCAGGCAGAUGGCCUUUCUUCAGACCAAUAAGGAUCUCAUUUCCACGGGAACAAAGGAAUUUAAUGCUCUGCUGAAACAACAGGUCUUUAAUGAUCUUCUUGUCUCUGAAGAAGCCAUGGUGACUGUGGUGGAUGAUUGGAUAAACUUCUACAUCAACUAUUACAGGCAGCAGGUGACAGGGGAGCAGGAAGAGCGAGACAGGGCUCUGCAGCAACUUCAGCAAGAGUUGAACACUCUGGCCAACAAUUUCCUGGGCAAAUAUAGGGCCUUCCUGAAGUCCCAGGAGCACCAAAAUCACCCGUAG